GCGGAGGCGGCGCUUGCCUCUUCCCGGAAGGAGCGGGGGGCACGUGGGCGCGGACCACGUGUUCGCCGCUCCAUGGCGUCGGCGGCUAAGCGGCCCAAGGUGGCUGCUGAGAGCAGCACUGCCGAGAAGGGCAGCGUUGAUCCCAUCGCAGGCUUCCUGGCAUGGUGCAAGAAGGCUGGCUUGGAGCUCAGCCCAAAGGUUGCCUCUCACCCAAGGUCUGCGUGAGCAGGGAGGGCACCGUGGCAGACUACGGCAUGUUGGCCGCCGAGGAUCUCCAGGUGGGAGAAGUCCUCUUCACCAUCCCUCGCACUGCACUGCUGUCCCAGUACACCAGCUCCAUCCAGGCCCUCUUGCAGGAAGCCCGAGAGUCAUUGCAGAGCCAGUCUGGCUGGGUGCCUCUCCUGCUGGCCCUGCUACAUGAAUAUACAACCAGCAGCUCCCACUGGCAGCCUUAUUUCUCACUCUGGCAGGACUUCAGGAGCCUGGAUCACCCCAUGUUCUGGCCUGAAGAGGAGAGAACAAGGCUUCUGCAGGGCACAGGCAUAUCAGAAGCAGUAGACAAGGACCUAGUCAACAUCCACCUGGAGUACAGCUCCAUCAUCCUGCCCUUUAUGGAGUGCCACCCUGACAUCUUUGACCCCAAACUGCACACGCUGGAGUUGUACAAGGAACUGGUGGCAUUUGUCAUGGCCUACAGCUUUCAGGAGCCUCUGGAGGAAGCAGAUGAAGAUGAGAAGGGGCCCAACCCUCCAAUGAUGGUGCCAGUAGCAGACAUUUUGAAUCAUGUGGCCAACCACAAUGCCAACCUGGAAUAUGCUCCGAAAUGUUUACAGAUGGUUACAACACAACCCAUCAGCAAAGGACAAGAGAUCUUCAACACCUACGGACAGAUGGCCAACUGGCAGCUCCUACACAUGUAUGGCUUUGCAGAGCCCUACCCUGGCAACACAAAUGACACAGCUGACAUCCAGAUGGUGACAGUGCGCAAGGCAGCAUUGCAACGUGCCAAAAGUGAAGCAGAGCAGCAGCUGGUCUCACAGCAGUGGGACUUCCUAUGCCAGCUGGAAAUGGUUGGGGAGGAAGGUGCCUUCGUGCUGGGCUGGGAUGAGGUGCUGACAGAGGAAGAGCUGUCCAUGACCCUGAAGGUGUUGUGCAUGUCAGAAGAAGAAUUCCAGGAGUAUAAGGAGCAAGAUGGCUGGGAAGAUGACACUGAGGAAGAGAACUCUAUACUUUCUAACGAAGCUCUCUCCAGACUUAAACACCCCUGUAAGAAGCUCCUUUAUGAUAGUGUGCUGCUGACUCUAGAGUCCUACAGGUCAGACUUGAAAGCAGAGCAGGACUUGCUAAAUAAUGAGGAGGCUUACAAGAGACUGAGUCGAAGGGAGCAGCAAGCUUUGCAUGUGCGCUAUGGACAGAAAAAGAUCUUGCAUCAGCUCCUAGAGCUGAUACAGUAGGAACUUGACUGCCCCUGGAAAUCCACUGCCUGGAACUGAGCACAGAAAGGGCCUUUGGCCCUUUCUUCUACUACAGCAAGACAAAGAUUGAAUUUGGGCCCACUUCUCCCUUGCAUUGCAUCUGGCUUUUUAUCUACCUCUCUAUAAAGAAAAAACCUUAAGCAGUUAUGGCAGAAGAAAUAGUUUGGGGGGAAGGAGGGGUUAUCAUACAAUGGGAGCUCUGGAGCACAACCAGCACCAGGAGCAGAAUCCUCCUCUAGAGGAUUUACUAAAACUCAGAUCUCCUACUAUUUGCUUGCAGAAGACAGACCUACACUGGCAUUAUGACAAGCCUGUUUCCUCACUUAUCAUUAGUGAUUCAAGGCAAGAGCUGUUCCUUGUCCAGAUGAACAGGAGCAGAAGUACAUCUGGUAACUCUUACUUUGAGUAAACAUCUGGCAGAUGGAUAUGUCAAACUAUACUCUUCCCCUGUACUCCAUUAGUAGUGAGCAGUACAGGAGUAUACCUGUACCAGCACAUCCAUCUGUCUGGUUUCCAUGUAGGAUCAGUAUAGCAAGAGGUUUCCUUUUAUCUCUGUGAAAAGCAUAUGGUAUAUAUCUCAGGCCCACACAGAAAUCUCUCAGGCUCAUACUGUUUGUAUAUACUAUACAGUGGCACUGUCACAGUUCUGCAACUGCUGUAGGUUAAGCAUUGGAUAUACACCCUCCAGUUGAUACAGUUCUUCCCUGAAAUCAGGUUUUGCUCUACGUCAUGCUUAGCUGCGCUAAUAUUUUCCCUUCAGCAGUUUCUGUAUGACAAAACAGUGAAGGUUUACAGGCCAACCUAUGUUUAAUAAAAACAAUAGUUCUUACUCA